AGCAUAUAAUCAGAAUGAACAGGAACGUUUUUCUUGUUGCUUUUUGAAAAUAUAUUUUGCACAGGCAUUUAAAAUUACACAUUUUAGCAGUAUUAUUGAUUUGGCUACUUGUAUUUUUAUCAAAUACAUGUUCUUAAAAUUAAGAAUGUGUAAACAUGACAAUACCCGAAAACGGAAGGGUCCUUGGCAAUAUUAUGAAGGUUGGGGCAAAGAUCAGGUACAUAUGUGAAAACGGAUACAAACUGAAGGACAAUAGGUAUACAUCUGUUGCUGAGUGUCUUAACACAGGUCAUUGGAGUGCCAACGCUGAAUGUGUGUUAGUUACUUACACCGGGACGAUCUGGUCUGACUGGAGUUCGUGCAAUGUUUCUUGUGGUGGCGGUAUCAGAACUAGGAACAGAUCUUGCACAGUUCCCACACUUAACAGCAAUGACGUACAAUGCUCACAGGAUGAUCCCGACUUUGAAAGCGAGACAUGCAACAACCAAACUUGUCAUG